GUGGGGGUAGACUGGGGGAAGAAAGGGAGGCAGAGCCGAAAAGAAAAGUUACAUGGUAUUACUCGUACUCGACGUGUAAAUGAGCCUGGCGAGACCAGUGCUUUAUUUGGUGUCUGGACCGUCUUUUGUUCUUCAAAUGUGAUAUUUUCAGCAAGUUGAUCUGAACAGUGCUGAGGAGAGCAGGACCGGAAUCGAGGGGCCGAGAGGAAGCGAUCUGACUGAACAGUCAGCACACUGUCCUCUCUCUUGUGCGAUGAUGAAGGAAUCAGUAGAUGCAGAAAAAAAGACAAGGGAAGACAAGUUACCGAUUGUGAUAGAGCAACGUGGAGAGACAAUUAAGGACAUUUAGUGGACACUGAGACGGCUGAGACACCAAUGGAGCUCGUCCCAAAAACCAAAUACACGCCCUUCAGGAGCGACUCCUUCAGCUCAACAGAUGAGACGGCAUCCAAUCCUUCUCUGCCUUCUUCUGCUCCUCUCACCCCACUCACCCCUCCUGGUAUCCCUUCUUCUCUCUCCUCCUCUUCCCUCACUCCCAUUCUCCCCCCUUCGUCUCCACGGCAGGCUGAAAACAGCCCCACCACCCUCUGCUCCUUCUUCCCUAGGAUGGGAGCCCUGCGGCUGGGUGUGUCUUCCACUCUGCUCCCAGGCCUGAAGGCCUCCAGCAAGCCGGCUAAUGUGCCAGGUGGUCAGGGAGGUUUGGGAGAGUCUCCGAAAGACACUGGGACUUCCGCCACCAACUCUUCUCCUCCUCCCACUUCAUCUCUUUCUCUCCUUUCUCUAACAGCCCCAUCUCCUCCUCCUCGUCCCCCACAGGAUAUGAACCGACUGGGCGGGGCCUCAAGGCGGGCCCGUGUGGAAGGGGGCCAGCUCGGCGGAGAUGAGUGGACACGACAAGGCUCCUUCGUCAACAAGCCCACCCGAGGUUGGCUGCACUCGGACAAUGUGGUCAGCACCACUGGGGUCUCCUACACUGUCAGGUAUAUGGGCUGUGUGGAGGUGCUACAGUCAAUGAGAGCACUGGACUUCAACACCAGAACUCAGGUUACCAGGGAGGCAAUAUCAGUGGUGUGUGAGGCAGUACCAGGUGCCAAAGGAGCUCAGCGAAGAAGAAAGCCCUCUUCUCGUAGUCUCUCCUCCAUCUUAGGGAAGAGUAAUCUCCAGUUUGCCGGAAUGACAAUCAGCCUCACCGUGUCGACCAGCAGUCUGAACCUACUGGCGAUCGACUGCAAGCAGAUUAUCGCCAACCAUCACAUGCAGUCCAUCUCUUUUGCAUCAGGAGGAGAUCCAGAUACAGCAGAGUAUGUUGCCUACGUCGCCAAAGACCCUGUCAAUCAGAGAGCAUGUCAUAUCCUGGAAUGCUCAGAGGGCUUGGCUCAGGAGGUCAUCAGCACCAUCGGCCAGGCGUUUGAGCUCCGCUUUAAACAGUACCUGAAGAACCCCCCCAAACUGGUCACCCCUCAUGAUCGGAUGGCUCCUUUCGAUGGGUCGGCCUGGGAGGAAGAGGAAGAGGACCUGCCUCCACCCCCAGAGGUUCCGUAUUACAAUAACUUCCCCGGUAAACAGCCUCCACCCGGAGGCUUGGUUGACAUGAGGAGCCGUCCUGGACACAGUACAGGAGCCACGCUGCCCUAUGGACAGCCCAGCCAGAACGACAUUCACAAGCAGCCUCUGCCUCCUCUACCAGUGGGUGUUAAGGAGGGAGGCUUCCUUGAUGACCCUUCAUACGUCAAUGUGGAUAAAUCCCGCCUCCCAGCAGCAGCAGCCAAUGGAAAUGCUCACAAAGAUGCGUUCGACAUGAAGCCGUUCGAUGCUGCUUUAGGUGUGUCAGGUGCUGUGGCGCCCCCUCUGGCUGAGCAGCUGCAGAACGAGCCCUGGUUCCACGGACCUCUAAGUCGCAGGCAGGCCGAAAGACUCCUGACCAAGGAUGGAGACUUCCUGGUGCGGGAGUCAGGCACCACACCAGGCCAGUACGUCCUCACUGGACAGCAGGGCGGCCAAGCCAAACACCUGCUUCUGGUGGAUCCAGAGGGAGUGGUGCGCACCAAAGACCACCGCUUCGAGAGCGUCAGUCACUUGAUUAGCUAUCACAUGGACAACCGGCUGCCAAUCAUCUCGGCAGGAAGUGAGGUGUGUCUACAGCAGCCAGUUGAUCGCCGGGCUUGAGAAGAAAAAAUGUUCUCCACCACACAUUUAAGAGAAAAAACUCCUCCCUUUCCUACUUUUUUUGCCAGACUCUAUUAGAGAAAAAAACAGAUUUUCCAACUGGGAGUGUAAGCUAAUCAUAUCUUUACAGAAACCGCAUCAACCACCUCAAUCAUUCUACUCAAGGACUAAACGACAUGUCGCCUGAAACACGCGAUUACAAAAAGCCAAACACAGAUGCGUAAUGGAUGUGACAUCACUUCCUAAACACGACAUCAUAUCUUGAACCUGUAACCAUGGCAACAGGCCCGGGCAUUCUUCGAGGCGAGAGCUGAUGUGAAUGUACUGCAAUUGCAGAACCUUUGUAGCAUUCUAAAGAUUCACAUCUGGUGCAGUGGGCCAAAUCCAAAGACUCGAGCUUCUUAGUGAUCAUAGAGCUUUUUGUUGCGGUCGUUUGGAAAUCUUGCAAGACUGUUCGAUGAAUAUGCAAAACUUUAAAGAGAAUACAGAGCUAAUUCUCCAAUCACAGACAUCGCCUUUCACAGCGUAUACACAAUUCCCACCGGAAUCACUUUCCCAAUUUUCACAAACCACACAAAAUGUGUCUCUUAUUCACACCCUCACAAUACCCUUUACAGAAUUCCGAGCGUGAAUACCGCCCCCCACCCCCCACCUAAAUAAAAAUUGGGAAUUUUGGUCAUUUGGAAAGAGCCCUGAACAUAUGUGAAAGCUUUAGCAUCACGGAUGCUGUGUGGAUUUUUCCUUAUGCAAAUGAGCAGAAGGUAAGGGGCACUUAUGCUGUCCGUUAUGAGAGACUACAAAAAAGGGAACGUUCCCUUUUCACAUAACAUAAUAUAUCAGCUUGGGACAAAAGGGACGAUAAAAAAAGGGGCAAUCAGUGGACAUGGGAAUAGGACUGAAGGUCUGAGGUUUGAAACUGAUUGAAGCCUUCUUAUGAUGUAAUUUUAACUAAGAACUCUAUAUUUGUCCCAGUGAUGUCAUCUUGAUCAGCUGACGACAUCAUCGGGAUGGUUUUAUUCUGGGAAAUGGAGGCUCUAUUUUUCUUUAUCUUUUUCUUGUGGACAUCUGUUGGCAUUGACAAUCGAUCUUCACGUGUAUCGAGGUGUCAGCUGCUUCUGUACGUUUGGAGACUUGAGUUAUAAGAGAAAGCGUAAGGGGGAGGAUACAAUGUGUAUUAUAAUACAUGCAUCCUUUUUAGAGGUUCACUUUAAUCACUUUGAAUUUGAACAACACGCCACCAGAAAGAGGAAAAGCACUCCGAAUGAAUUCUGAAGUUCAGUUUCUGUUGAAGCCACAAACAGGAAACCACCUUUUUCAUCUUUGUUUGCUUUAAAAUUGAUUGUGCCUUUUUUUACCGAACACAGACACAGAGAGAGAAAAAAAAACUAAAACAAAAAAACACAGUCACCUUUUGUGAUUCUAUAGGUAAUCAUAACACUUUCUUUCCUGGAAAAGACACAACUGAAAAUAUAAUCAACUGCAAAAACGACACAAGUAUAGUCCGGCUCAGUGCAGGUUUUGGGAAAGCAGUCUUCGUUUUCUUUGGCAUGUUAAUUCUGCUAUGCUGUUCUUGUUGUGCUUAGUUUAGUUCUGGUCUGUGGGUAUCCCAUUAUGUUGCUUAGACACUUUCUUCUAUCUCUCAUUUAGAAACCGACAUUAGAUGCCCUGUAAAAGAGCAUGUAAAUAAGCUUUGCCUGUGCUCAUAGCUCAACACUCGGUGGAUCUGUGUCAAAUGGGAAUUUGCAAGCUCACAGGACUGUACUGGGUGAGAAAACAUAAAGGUGUAAGAUUUGACAUGCUCUUCUGAAGACAAUGCAAUCACUUGGUGUUUAUCACACAAAUCUAUGUAAAUGACUGAGGAUUUGCUUAGAUGUCCAAAGACCCUUAUCUGGAUGCAUUAUGAAUCUGAAAUGGGCAACGGUUUUAUUUUUAGUCUUUUUAAUGGAUGUAACUUGUGGAUUUUGAGUCAGUGGUCAACAUUCAUUUCACAUUAUAAAUCCAGAUGGAUCCCAGCUGCAACUGUAUGCGACCAGCCUCAUGCUAAUGUGAGUUUUAGCCUGUUGUAAUUCAAAUUAAUGCAUUGAAUGGGUUUUUCUAAUCAUUUGACGUCAGACGUUUUAUGUGCUGAUAGCAUCACGGAUCUGGCCCCUAACUGCUAAUGGAGUUUAAACAAAGUGUGUUUAUGAGUCUGUGUGUGUGGAUGCAUACAUACGCAGGGCUGGAAUGGUCUGGAACAAUCUGGCUUUUACAACUCUCACUCGCCACUAAACUGUUUGCUCAUUUUCAUAUUUCACAGCGGCCUUUUGUUGCAUGGAAACACUUCCUGUUAUUGUGGUAAUGAUGACUUUUGUGUUGUGGUUGGUUGGUUGCUAUUUUCUAAGCCAAAGGCUUUAUUCUUGUUUGCCUUUAUAUAUGUUGCUUCUUUUUUUUAAAUACAUGUCUUUUAUUAUUUUAAUUAUUCUUUUUAUGUUGUUGUUCUUUGGGUAAAACAUAAUGUUUACACCUGUAUCAAAUGAUAGAUUACAUAUAUAAAUACAUAUAUCAUUCA